AUGCACUUUUUUCAGAAAUGGCGUGCUCUUAUCACCAAGCAUGGGCAGCUCACAGACGACUGUAAAGCCGGUCAAGUCAAUAUAAACCGCUCCAGGAGCCUUGUCACCAUCGGCAUCUUCCAAGGCGCGUUCGUUGAGAGAAGAGAAAUAUUGCAUGUGCCCAGUCCCCCCGGCCCUCACCACCUGGCGGCUCCCUCGCCGCCGCACGGCGGCGGCGUCGACGACGACGACCUGGGCGCGGUUGGCGCGCCUGUCGCCCCUGCCGCUGCGACUCCCGCUCCCCUGGCCCAGGAUGUCGCUGGGGCCAUCAUAGUGCCCAGCGAUCUGGCAUCGCUCCCCUGCUACCGCUGCUUCAGAGCAGCAUUUUCGGGCUCCGGCCCGCUGGCGGCCCCGGCCUGCAGCAUUCCCAUGUUGCGAGCACUGUUCCCAUCACUACAUCCAAUUCCAUCCCCAACGGACCCGGGACACAAAAUGCGGUCGCUUGCAUAUUCGACCAGACAUCAGGAGUGCGACAGCGCCGGCAACAUAACCGUGAGCAGAUAA